CGUCCCGGCGCUUCCCUUUGUCCGCGGGCCGGGCGAGUGGCGGCGGCGGCGGCGGCGGCGUUCCAGCGGCCGGAGGGAGCCCGCGCGGCGGCUGAGGCGGCGGCUCCCCGGCGGCUGGCCGCGCGCGCGCCGCGGCGAUGCCGGACCAGAUCUCCGUGUCGGAAUUCGUGGCCGAGACCCAUGAGGACUACAAGGCGCCCACGGCCUCGAGCUUCACCACGCGCACGACGCAGUGCCGGAACACGGUGGCGGCCAUCGAGGAGGCUUUGGACGUGGACCGGAUGGUUCUGUACAAAAUGAAGAAAUCCGUGAAAGCAAUAAACAUCUCCGGGCUGGCUCACGUGGAGAACGAGGAGCAGUACACCCAGGCGCUGGAGAAGAUCGGCGGCAACUGCGUGUGCAGGGACGACCCGGACCUGGGGAGCGCGUUCCUCAAGUUCUCCGUGUUCACCAAGGAGUUGACGGCGCUUUUCAAAAACCUGAUUCAGAACAUGAACAACAUCAUCUCCUUCCCUCUGGACAGUUUGCUGAAAGGGGACCUCAAAGGAGUCAAAGGGGAUCUGAAAAAGCCUUUUGACAAAGCUUGGAAGGACUAUGAAACCAAAAUAACCAAGAUAGAGAAGGAGAAGAAGGAGCACGCCAGGCUGCACGGCAUGAUCCGCACCGAGGUCAGCGGGGCCGAGAUCGCCGAGGAGAUGGAGAAGGAGCGCCGUUUCUUCCAGCUGCAGAUGUGCGAGUAUCUGCUGAAGGUCAAUGAAAUUAAGAUUAAAAAGGGAGUGGAUUUACUUCAGAAUCUGAUCAAAUAUUUUCAUGCCCAAUGCAAUUUUUUCCAGGAUGGACUGAAAGCAGUUGAAAACCUCAAACCUUCCAUCGAAACACUUUCAACAGAUCUCCACACAAUCAAACAGGCCCAGGAUGAAGAAAGAAGGCAGUUGAUACAGCUUCGAGAUAUUUUGAAGUCAGCGUUGCAGGUUGAACAGAAGGAGGACUCCCAGCUGCGUCAGAGCGCAGCCUACAGCCUGCACCAGCCGCAGGGGAACAAGGAGCACGGCACCGAGCGCAGCGGCAACCUCUACAAGAAGAGCGACGGGAUCCGGAAGGUGUGGCAGAAAAGGAAAUGUUCAGUCAAAAAUGGUUUUCUGACCAUAUCGCACGGAACCGCGAACCGUCCUCCUGCGAAGCUCAACCUGCUGACCUGCCAAGUGAAGACCAACCCCGAGGAGAAGAAGUGUUUUGACCUCAUUUCACAUGACCGGACGUACCGCUUCCAGGCCGAGGACGAGCAGGAGAGCCACAUAUGGGUGUCCGUGUUGCAGAACAGCAAGGAAGAAGCUCUGAACAACGCCUUUAAGGGUGAUGACAACACCGGAGAGAACAACAUAGUCCAAGAGCUGACGAAGGAGAUUAUCUCCGAAGUCCAGAGGAUGUCGGGCAAUGACGUGUGCUGUGACUGCGGCGCGCCAGAUCCCACGUGGCUUUCCACCAACCUGGGCAUCCUGACCUGCAUCGAGUGUUCCGGAAUCCACCGGGAGCUGGGGGUUCACUACUCCAGGAUGCAGUCCCUCACGUUAGAUGUACUAGGAACAUCCGAGCUGCUGCUUGCCAAGAAUAUUGGGAAUGCAGGCUUCAACGAGAUUAUGGAGUGCGGCCUCCCCGCCGAGGACUCGGUCAAGCCCAACCCGGGCAGUGACAUGAACGCCAGGAAGGACUACAUUACCGCCAAGUACAUCGAGAGGAAAUAUGCGAGGAAGAAGCAUGCGGACAGCGCAGCCAAACUGCACAGCCUGUGCGAGGCCGUCAAAACAAGGGACAUUUUUGGGCUCCUCCAAGCAUAUGCUGAUGGUGUGGAUCUCACAGAAAAGAUCCCACUGGCCAACGGACACGAGCCGGAUGAGACCGCCCUCCACCUCGCUGUCAGAUCCGUGGACCGGACUUCUCUGCACAUCGUAGACUUUUUAGUUCAGAACAGUGGGAACCUGGAUAAACAGACAGGGAAGGGCAGCACGGCCCUGCAUUACUGCUGCCUGACCGACAACGCCGAGUGCCUGAAGCUCCUCCUGCGGGGGAAGGCCUCCAUCGAGAUAGCUAACGAGUCAGGAGAGACGCCACUGGACAUUGCCAAGCGCCUCCGGCACGAGCACUGUGAAGAGCUGCUGACCCAGGCCCUAUCCGGAAGGUUCAAUUCCCACGUCCAUGUGGAGUAUGAAUGGCGAUUGCUCCACGAAGACUUGGACGAAAGCGAUGACGACAUGGAUGAGAAGUUGCAGCCCAGUCCCAGUCGGCGAGAAGACCGACCGGUCAGCUUUUACCAGCUGGGGCCCAACGCGGCAUCUUUGGCCAGAGACGCCACCAGCCUGGCCAAGGACAAACAGAGAAGCUACGCGCCUAGCAUCUUGCAGAACGAGACGUACGGGGCCAUCCUGAGUGGCAGCCCGGCUCCCGUCCAGCCCGCGGCCCCUGGCACCACCAGCGCCCCGCCGCUGCCCCCGCGGAACCUGGCCAAAGCCCAGGCAGCCUCCUGCGCGAACGCCCUGUGGAAGACGAGCUCUGUAAGUGUGGACGGUGUAAGCAGGCAGCGAUCUUCGUCAGAUCCGCCAGCUGUCCACCCGCCGCUGCCCCCUCUCCGCGUGACGUCGACCAAUCCCCUGGCUCCCACACCGCCCCCUCCGGUAGCCAAAACGCCCGGUGUGAUAGAAGCCUUGAGCCAGCAGAACAAGCCGGCCCAGACCGGGGCCCCGCUGGGCAAAGCCACACCCCCGCCCCUGCCGCCCCAGCCGCCCAGCCGCCUCCCUCAGAAGAAGCCUGCUCCCGGGACUGACAAGUCGGCCCCUCUGGUCAGCAAAGGCCAGCCAAGAGGACCCGAUGCUCUGGGCCCUCUGUCCAACGCUGCAGCCAUGCCGCCACCCGCGCCGAUGCCCAGGAAGUCACAGACCACCAAGCUGAAGCCCAAGCGGGUCAAGGCCCUCUACAACUGCGUGGCCGACAACCCGGAUGAGCUGACGUUCUCCGAGGGGGACGUGAUCAUCGUGGACGGGGAGGAGGACCAGGAGUGGUGGAUUGGCCACAUUGAUGGAGAUCCCGGUCGCAAAGGAGCAUUUCCCGUAUCUUUUGUGCACUUUAUUGCUGACUAAAUUGCUACUGAACAAAAACACUUAACAGUUCUGUUCCUGUUUCAUUAUUGGUACCCAAACUCUUGCCAAAUAACCAGCUUCGCAAACUGUACAGUAGACCCACUUUCUCCAGUGCCACUGUUCUGUUUUUAAAACUCAAAGGCAAUUUAUAUAUACAAAUGAAUUGUUUUUAUAAUUUGUGAUUUUCAUGAAACAUUGCUAUACUUUUAUUAGGAAAAAUUAAAUAGCCUAAAAGGUGAACUGAAAAGUUAACUAUGUAAUCAAGAUCCUGAAUCUCCGGAAUUAGCUAAACGUAAAAACAUUUGAGUAUUGGAAAGAAAUUCUCCCUGCUUUCCUUGACCCAUUUCUGUUUGUCAGUGACCUUGAGCAUAAUUAUUGUUUGGGAAGCCAGUAAACUAAAUGCUACCAGUUCACCUUUGUAGACUUUCUUUCUUUAAAAAAAAAAAAAAUCAUUUUAAGAUUUCCUUUGAAAGCCACCCAGUGUUUAUUUAAAGCCACUUGGAAAUUGACACGUUAGCCUUGUACCUUCCAGCCAGAACCCGCGAGGUUGCAACUCUCCUUGUAUUCUGCAUGUGUGUGUGACCCGUUGUGCACAGUCCUGCCUAACAAAACUACCAACAGAGUGUCAUACGAUAACAGACCGCUCCGUCCCAGGUUCCACAAAACCGCAUUUCUCGAAUUUGGUUAAAAACUGAGGAUGGAGGGUUGCGAAGGAGUCCUGGCGAUGCUUCAGGUGUUUCGGAAAUCGCCACCUUGCGCUCCCUUCGUCGCAUGGACCCCGGCUGUUCCCACUGGCUCUCCCCUCUGGCUCUCCCCUCUGGUGUGCUGCCGCUUUCCCCUCCUCGCUCAUGAGAAUGUUUACUCAGCUCAGUGUCCUGUGUUUAUAUAACAUAACAACAGGAAUGGUAGUUACACUGUCUUGAAAUUUAAUGUCCCUUCGUUUGUAAUCAAGAGCGUAUCAGAGAUCUGUAGGUCCCAGCUAACGAAAUACUCCCAAACAUGUUUUCCUAUUGAAGUCAUCGUCUCAUUCUUAAACUUAAGCUACUGGGGCUGGGGGGUUAGGUUGUGUAUGAUAAAAAUCAAAAUUCAUUAGCUCAAUGCACUUGACUGUCAUACCUCUACUUAGCCGUUGUGAGUGUCAGUUCAUAGGAGUGUUGGAAAUUGGGGCACUCUGAGAAUGACCAGGCAUGUAGAUGCCCACUCGGAUUUUCACCAAAAGUGAAGGAAUCAAGUUAAGUACAGACUUGGAAAGCGGGGCGGCGGUGCUUUGAUUGCAUUUGUUGUGAUGGUGCAUUUGGUUGAAGCAGCCGGUCUUUAUUAUGCACGACCUUUCUUGUGUCAAGUUUUUGUGUUUUACUUGCUUUUUUGUUGUUGUUGUUGCUCUUAGAAAGGAAGACAGAACAAACUGGAAUGUUUUAUGAUGUCGUAUGGCAAUUGCUCUUUGCCUUUCAAAAUUCCGGGUAAAAUGUGUCAGGCGUGUAGUUUUGUUUUUUUUUUUUUUAAAGCACUACAUGUUUAAAGCACUAUGUUUUCACUAAUUGUUCAUUUUUGUUGUUUGAACCCUCCAUUGAGUUAAUUCUCUCAUAAAGAAAAUAAACAUAUGUAUUUUGCACAGUGCACUUAUGUAUAUUUUAACAGCCCUCCUGCAUCUGUGUCUAUCAGCCUAUUGACUCCUUGGUGCCAGCUAUUUAAGGAACUAAAGUUGAUUCAUAUCAACGUUUGAAUACCACUCCCAGACUAAUCUAUCAGGUUCACUGGUACAUAAAUAUCUAGGAAGUAUUUUUCCAAUCUACAAUUUGGUGGUGCUAUUGCGCAGUAAUUAAUAUGACUUGCCAGAGAAAUUAUAUUAACUUCCCUGCUAAUAUCCUUUCCUGGUUAUUUGCUCUUUGCAAAUUAAAAAAAAAAGGAAACCAUUGUAGAUACCUAUUUAUAGUUCAGGUUUAUGUUUCAUGAACUGAGCUGCAGGAUCCUGGCACUUCGUGUGCCACUUCCGUCAGAUUGGACGUCCAGGGACAAGGACUCGGAAACACGUGCACAGACUGAUGGUUACUGUGUAGUCUGUUAAGGGUGGGCCAUGCAAUGUGCAGCUUGAAGUGCUCUUUGAGAUGUAUGAUAUUUGAUUCAUUCACUCGAUUACUCUGGUCUAGUUGCAGCGCAACUGUAUAUAUUGUAUAACCUAAAUCAAUCCUUAUUUUCAUUGUCCUUAUGCAGUGAUUUAUAAUUA